UUCUCGACCGCCUGACCGCUUGUGAUUGCUGCAGGCACGGUGUGCAUAGUCACAUCGCAGCUAGAUACAACUGUUGUUUUUGGGCUCCGAUGGCCUGGAUAUAUCACCAUGUCUAGUUCUUCACUUCGUUUCUUCCACUCCGCACAGGUCUAAGGUAAUCUAAAGUUGAUUCCUUACGUACGGAUAGGAGGAGAUGUUGUUCCUCUGCCUCCUGACUACUAGCGAUUAUUGCAAUCUUGAUACAUGUUUUAUCACGUCAUAGAUUUGGCGGUUCUGAUUUGAUGCGAUUAAUCGAAGAGACAUAUCUGUGAACAUUCUGCGAAGAGGAGCAUUGAAAUCGCGGGAGAAACGAGGACCGCUGCUCCAAAGAGGCCUCCCGUUACCGCAACCGUUUUCUCCAAUAUAAACGGAUAUAUCUCACGCGCAUACCCCGCUCCUAUAUCUCCCUAUAUACAGCAUCCAGUCGACAUAUGACAACAGCGGAGCAAAGCCCAAUCCAUAAUGGAGCGGGUUUACCAAUCCGCCCGGAAUCUCGCGUCCUAAUAAUAAUGACAGGCGGCACGAUAUGCAUGCAGCGCUCUGAUUCCGGCUUCAUCCCCGCACGCGGCUUUCAAAAGACUGCGCUGGAUCCUGUACCCAUCUUCAAUGACAAAUCCAACCCCAAACCCCUCGACGUCGUCAUUAACGGUAUAGGUGAGCGGCGACUACACGAUAGCCUCCGCACCCCACCGACCUCCUAUGGCGGCCGCGUCCGCUACACGGUCUUCGAAUUCGAUGAACUGCUCGACAGCAGCUCAAUUGACUCGAAGGGCUGGGCCCAGAUCGCCCUCACCAUCUCCUGGAACUACACGCUCUUCGAUGCCUUCGUUGUCCUGCAUGGUACGGACAGUCUGGCCUACACAUGCUCCGCACUCAGCUUCAUGCUGCGCAACCUAGGGAAGCCAGUGAUAUUGACCGGGUCGCAGGCCCCCAUGCUUGAGUUGCAGAACGACGCUACGAACAAUCUCCUCGGCUCGCUGGUGAUCGCGGGCAAUUUCAUGAUUCCGGAAGUAUGUUUGUACUUUAACUAUAAGCUGCUGCGGGGGAACCGGGCAACCAAAGUGUCCGCGAGCGCAUUUGCAGCGUUCGAUUCGCCAAAUUUCGCGCCCCUGGCUGUCACAACGGCCAUGAGGACGAAUGUGGCGUGGGAUCUUGUACGUAGGCCGACGCAUAUUGAGCAUUUUAGCAUCCAGGUCAACCUGGAUACAACGCAUGUGGCCUGUCUGAGGAUAUUCCCUGGAAUUAAGCCAGAGAUGGUGGACGCCGUGUUGCGGUUGGAGGGAUUAAAGGGCCUUGUACUCGAGACGUUUGGCGCCGGAAAUGCGCCAGGUGGCCAGGAUAAUGCAAUGACGGACGUGCUCGCGGCUGCGAUUAAGCGCGGGAUUGUUAUUGUAAAUGUCACGCAAUGUCUUUCCGGUUUUGUCAGCCCAGUUUAUGCCCCAGGAAUGACCCUCUACCGUGCCGGCGUUGUUGCUGGUCAAGAUAUGACGACGGAAGCUGCAUUGACUAAACUUGCCUACCUACUUGCUCUUCCCGGAGCAACCCCUCAAUCUGUCGCGCGCGACAUGUCCAUCUCCCUUCAUGGAGAACUUACUGAACACUCACAGCCACUUUUCGAACACCCAGACGGCGCUCUACCACAACGAGUCAAGAGUUUGGCUGCACUUGGCUACGCAAUUGCGCAUGGAGAUCUCGAGAAAGUGAAGGAUAUCCUCCGUGGUGAGGAGGAGUGGAUUUUGAACGAUGCUGAUUAUUCGGGAAAUACUCCAUUGCACCUCGCCGCAAUAUCCCCCAAUCUAUCGAUCCUACGCCACUUCCUUCUCCACGGCGGAUCCGUCCACUUACGAAACCGCAUGGGCCGAACCGCGCUUUUCCUCGCCGCCAACGCUGGCCUAAGUGAACAUGUCCAGCUGCUGCGACAGUCGGGCGCCCAUUUACAUGCUGACGAGCGCUCUGUGGCUGAGCUGUAUGCGAGACAGCGGCUGGAGAAUGGGCAGGGUUUGGGUAUCUGGGGGCUUGCUGGGGUGGAGGUGGAUGGACGUGGGGAAAGAGAAGAGGAAGGGAAAAUGAAUGGGCAAGCGGGAGGGAAAUCCAAAGAAAAUAUGUUGUGAAUUUAGAGAUGAGGUUGGCGUUGGCGUCCCUUUUCCUGAAUGCAUUUUAUUAAAGUCGAAAGGGUUGGGGGCUUAGAGAGAGGAAAGUGUUUUGCUUCUGGGGCCGGUAUCUUUGUGUCGGGUUCUCUGCUGGUGCUUUAUCUAAAGGAGUUAAUGGGAAGCGAUUGUUACACAU